AUGUUAAGCUUUACUAUGAGUUUUAUAUUUUUUGGUUUUGCUCUCAUUCUUACUUUCGGAUAUUGGAAGCUAUCAUUAAACGAAAUUAAUAUAUUGUGGGCAGGUAUUAUUUCAUUAAUAAUUUCUACAUUAUAUCUUAUCAAUAUAUUUUUAUCCGUAAAUUAUAUUGGCUCAAAAACAGCUGAUUUUCAUUCAGAUUCACCAUCGAAAAUCAUCGUUAUUCAUGAGAAUAUUGAUGCAAAUGAUAAAGUAACAAAGGAUGAAAUGGAUUUCGAACACAGUGAAAAUAGCAUAUGUGAAAGCCGAACAGCGUCUGACAGCACAAUUCCAGUACACAAACGACCGAUUCCUUUUAAUCCAACUAUUCAUCUAAAUUCAAAUCAUACCGAUGUGAAAACGGUCCAAGAUCAACCGAAAGAUCUUGAAAAGGGGAUCAACAGGCAGUAUUGGCAAAUCGAAAAUACGGCAAGAAUACAAAGUGAGAUUGAUUCGGCUAGCGGAGAAUUCGAUGGUAAUAUUGAUAAAGGCUGCACUACAAGUAGUAAUGAGGAACUAAAACAGUGCUAUUUUACGAAUAUAUCAAACAAGCAACCGCAGCAGCCAAUAAUAAUAGGCCAAUAUUCACCACCAUCACUACAAAAUCGAAAGCCUUCACGACUAAAAUAUGAUUUAUUCAGAUCAACAUCGCGAAUUUCACCAUCUUCAUCACCAUCUCGAUUCAACAACCGAAAUAAUAGGGAAGAAAAUCAAAAAAUUGAACAAAUUAAUACAAAUGAACAAAAGAGCUUGCAAAAACAACGACGUUUCACCACAAAAGCUUCAGAAUUGCUUAAUUCUCGAAAACGGUUCUCGAAAAUUGGAGAUCGAAAUAAAAUAGAUAAAUCUUCGGAUGAAGAAAGCACUUCCGGAUCGAUUGGAAGUACAAAUUGCUACGAAAUAAAUCCUAAAAUUGAUAAUGCUCGUCAAUCAAGCAUUAUUGCUACAGAGAAAUAUUUGGAUUCUGCUCAUGAUACGAACAAAGCGCCAAAUGAACGAUAUACCGAUCGACACCACCAGUCAUCACCAACUUUCAUUAAAUCGAAUAAUUUUGCACCAUCGGAUACAUAUGGACGUUAUGUGAGGCGAAUGCAACGAUAUGCAUCAGUUGAUACUUUAAAUGAUAAUAAUGUAAUUGCUGACGAAUAUAUAAGAUGUCCUACCUCAUUAUCACUGGAAUCUCCGUCAUGCCCAUCGUAUAUUCCACCAAUUAUCGUUGCCAUCGAUUCAGCUAGGGAAUCAGGAAUAGUUCGCCAUUAUUCACCACGAUUGAAAUCACGAAAAAGGAUCGCAAGUGGAAAAAGAGGUAAUAAUUAA